AUGUCGAGUUUCCAAGUCGGCGGCAAGGUGGUGGACCGCGUCGAUUUGCUCAGGAAGAAGCAAUUGCCGUGGCGCCUUGACGUUUGGCCUUUCGCCAUUCUUUACGGUGUGUGGCUUUCGGUUAUUCUUCCCAGCCUCGACUUUGUGGAUGCGGCGAUCGUUUUAGGCGCGCUCCUUGCGCUUCACAUCCUCGUUUGGCUCUUCACUGGUUGGUCUGUUGAUUUCAAAUGUUUCGCUCACUAUAGCAAGGCUAAAAAUAUUGACCAGGCUGAUUCCUGCAAGAUUACCCCGGCUAAGUUCUCGGGUUCUAAAGAAGUUGUGCCGCUUCAUUCUCGGAAAAGUUCUGCAGGUUCUUCAUCAGCUGCGGAUUUGGAAGAGAACUACUUUGAUUUUAGAAAACAAUGUUUUGUGUAUUCAAAGGAGAAGGGAACAUUUUGCAAGCUUUCCUACCCUACCAAAGAAACAUUUGGAUGUUACAUCAAAUGCAGUGGCCAUGGCUCUGAAGCUAAAGUUCUUGCAGCUACUGAGAAAUGGGGACGGAAUGUAUUUGAUUAUCCUCAACCAACAUUUCAGAAAUUAAUGAAAGAGCAUUGCAUGGAGCCUUUUUUCGUAUUUCAGGUUUUUUGUGUGGGGCUCUGGUGUUUGGAUGAAUAUUGGUAUUACAGUUUGUUCACUCUAUUUAUGCUCUUUAUGUUUGAGUCAACCAUGGCGAAAAGUAGGUUGAAAACUCUAACUGAGUUGAGACGUGUUAGAGUGGAUAGUCAGAUCCUAAUGGUACAUCGCUGUGGCAAGUGGGUUAAACUCUCUGGUACAGACCUUUUGCCCGGGGAUGUUGUCUCCAUAGGCCGCUCUUCUAGUCAGAAUGGGGAGGAGAAGUCUGUACCAGCAGACAUGCUUAUAUUGGCUGGAAGUGUGAUUGUGAAUGAAGCUAUCCUCACAGGCGAGUCUACUCCUCAAUGGAAGAUUUCAAUUGCGGGUAGGGGUAUGGAGGAGAAAUUGUCAGCAAAGCGUGAUAAAAGCCAUGUUUUGUUCGGUGGGACAAAAAUAUUGCAGCAUACCCCAGAUAAGAGUUUUCCUCUUAAAACUCCUGACGGUGGCUGCUUGGCUGUUGUCCUGAGAACGGGUUUUGAAACAAGUCAAGGAAAGUUGAUGCGAACAAUCUUAUUCUCGACAGAAAGGGUCACUGCCAAUAGCUGGGAAAGUGGAUUGUUCAUUUUAUUCUUGGUUGUGUUUGCUCUUAUUGCUGCUGGUUAUGUGCUUGUUAAGGGGCUUGAAGAUCCCACAAGGAGCAAGUAUAAACUAAUACUAAGUUGUUCACUUAUUGUUACUUCUGUGAUACCUCCUGAGUUACCAAUGGAAUUAUCAAUAGCUGUUAAUACUUCUCUUAUUGCCCUGGCACGGCGUGGGAUUUUUUGCACAGAGCCUUUUCGGAUACCAUUUGCUGGAAAGGUUGAUAUAUGUUGUUUUGACAAGACAGGGACACUUACAUCUGAUGAUAUGGAAUUUUCUGGAGUUGUUGGGUUGAAUGGAACUACAGAUUUGGAGUCUGAUACAAGUAGAGUGCCUGUACGAACAGUUGAAAUCCUGGCUUCUUGCCAUGCAUUGGUGUUUGUUGAGAAUAAGCUGGUUGGUGAUCCUCUCGAGAAGGCUGCACUCAAAGGAAUUGACUGGAGUUAUAAAUCUGAUGACAAGGCUGUACCGAAGAGGGGAAAUGGCCAUCCUGUCCAAAUUGUUCAUCGGUACCAUUUUUCAUCUCACCUAAAACGAAUGGCAGUUGUUGUUCGCAUUCAGGAUGAAUUUUUCUCCUUUGUGAAGGGUGCUCCAGAAGUUAUACAAGACAGACUCAUUGAGAUACCACCAUCAUAUGUUGAGACCUACAAAAUGUACACACGUCAAGGGUCUCGUGUUCUUGCUCUGGCCUACAAGUCCCUUGCUGACAUGACAGUCAGUGAAGCUAGAAGCAUGGAUAGGGAUACCGUGGAGAGUGGAUUAACAUUUGCGGGUUUUGUGGUAUUUAAUUGUCCCAUAAGAUCAGAUUCAGCAACUGUUUUAUCUGAAUUAAAAGAAUCUUCACAUGACUUGGUGAUGAUUACCGGUGACCAAGCUUUGACAGCUUGUCAUGUUGCUAGCCAAGUUCAUAUUAUAUCAAAGCCUACAUUAAUCCUUGGACCAGCACGAAAUGGUGAGGGAUAUAGUUGGAUGUCGCCUGAUGAGACUGAAAACAUUCGCUACAGUGAGAAAGAGGUUGAAUCUUUAUCAGAGACCCAUGAUCUCUGUGUUGGUGGUGAUUGUAUCGAGAUGCUACAACAGACAUCAGCUCAUCUUUUGGUCAUUCCUCAUGUGAAGGUUUUUGCCAGGGUUGCUCCCGAACAAAAAGAACUUAUCAUGACCACUUUCAAAACAGUUGGACGGUUAACUUUGAUGUGUGGGGAUGGAACCAAUGAUGUUGGGGCUUUGAAGCAGGCCCAUGUAGGAAUCGCUCUUCUAAAUGCAAUUCCUCCAACUCAAAGUGGAAACUCUUCUUCAGAUUCGUCUAAAGAAGAAGGUUCAAAAUCUGCUAAGCAAAAGAAAUCUAAGUCUGCACUGGACACAUCUGGAAAGAGUGCCGGUGAAGGCACUUCCAAAGGCAAAGUUGCUUCAAAAUCAGAUUCCAGUAGCCACUCUUCUGGUAACCGUCAUCAAGCAGCUGUUGAGAUGCAACGACAGAAGCUUAAGAAGAUGAUUGACGAGCUUAAUGAGGAAGGAGAUGGUCGUGCACCCAUUGUGAAGCUUGGUGAUGCCUCAAUGGCAUCUCCAUUCACUGCUAAGCAUGCAUCUGUUGCUCCUACCACUGACAUAAUUCGCCAAGGUCGGAGUACUCUAGUUACUACCCUCCAGAUGUUCAAAAUUCUGGGUCUCAAUUGUCUUGCUACUGCAUAUGUGUUGAGUGUUAUGUAUCUGGAUGGUGUGAAGCUAGGUGACGUACAAGCUACAAUAAGUGGAGUAUUCACUGCUGCAUUUUUCCUCUUCAUCUCACAUGCACGUCCUCUUCCAAGUCUUUCUGCUGAACGUCCUCACCCCAACAUCUUCUGUGCUUAUGUUUUCCUUUCUCUUUUGGGGCAAUUUUCUAUUCACCUGCUUUUCCUGAUUUCAUCAGUGAAAGAAGCUGAAAAAUACAUGCCAGAUGAAUGCAUUGAACCUGAUGCAGAUUUUCAUCCUAACCUGGUGAAUACUGUUUCGUAUAUGGUGAGCAUGAUGCUUCAGGUGGCAACAUUCGCUGUGAACUAUAUGGGUCAUCCGUUCAACCAGAGUAUUUCUGAAAACAGACCGUUCCGGUAUGCACUUGUGGCUGCUGUUAUUUUCUUUACCGUGAUUACAUCAGAUCUGUUCAGGGAGUUGAAUGACUGGUUGAAGUUAGUGCCAUUGCCAGUGGGAUUAAGGGAUAAGCUAUUGAUAUGGGCGUUUCUAAUGUUUUUGGUUUGUUAUUCGUGGGAGAGGCUAUUGAGAUGGGCCUUCCCUGGUAAGAUCCCGGCUUGGAAGCGGCGACAACGGCUUGCUGUAUCUAAUUUAGAUAAGAAGAAACAGGUCUAAGUAGUUGACCAAGACAAACACUGACGAUGAUGCAUGAAUUUUGCUAUAGGUUUUUUUUAUCAUUUCUCUUUCUAGCUCUUUUUCCCAACAAUCAAUGAGGAAUUUAUCGGAUGUCAAAUUGUUUUUGGGAGAAUGGUAUGAAUUUUAGAACACGUGCCCUCCCAUCUAUCUUUGUUAAUGAUUUUGUUAGCACACCACUUUUUAAUUAUUUUAAUGCUACCAUUCAUUAUACUGCUAAAUGAUAAUUUCUUUAGCCCUUC